AUGACACAAUUGCCGGAUUCAAAGUGGUCUCACUUAGCGGCUGAUUUUUAUGGCCCAUUGCCAUCCGGGGAACACCUUCUUGUAGUCAUAGAUGAGUAUUCAAGAUUCCCGGAGGUCGAAAUAGUUAGGUCACUUGCAGCAAAGACUGUCAUUCCGGUAUUAGAUAAACUAUUUUCAUCGCGAGGAAUACCUGACAAGUUCAAAACUGAUAACGGCCCACCAUUCAAUGGAGACGAAUUUAAAGCUUUUGCGCGUGGUCUAGGGUUUAAACACCAAAGAAUAACUCCAUGUUGGCCAGAGGCCAAUGGAUGUGCGGAGCGAUUCAUGAAAACAAUUGGCAAGGUGUGCAAAUGCGCCCAAGUGGAAGGUAAAUCAUGGAAAAAAGAACUAUACAAAUUCUUACGCAACCAUCGCGCCACUCCCCACACGUCGACUGGCAUCCCGCCAGCAACGAUAGCAAAUGGUAAGCCGUUAAAAACUAAGCUUCCACAGAUACCUGAGGUUGGUUGUAUGCCAGAAGUGAUACAUGACAAAUUAAAACUCAAUGAUAAACAGUCAAAACAAAAAAUGAAAACACAUGCUGAAAUUAAGCGAAACAUAAAACCAUCUAGCAUCCAAGUGGGUGAUAAAGCAUUAAUCAAAAACUUAGAGAAAG